UUUUCUAUAUGUCGAUAUGAUAAACUUCUUUGAUCCUUUUCGUGAUUGAUUUAUGAGGAGUUGUUCAUCAUUAUCUCCAUUAUUAUAACUCAUCACUCAUUAAUCAACCAUAUAAUAAUCUUCAUAAACUCAAUCCCAUUAUAAGACCAUUUUCGUUCUUCCACAUCAAAUUUGCAACAAUCCAAGCACCCAUUAAAGAUGUCAUUACAGCGAUUCCUUCGAGAAAACUUCAUGCAAAAAUGCAGAAAUUCUAAAUUUCUCUCUUCUGGAUACGCUAAUCUUUCUUCUUCUCCAUCAUCAUCAGCAUCUUUGGAACCUCCGAAACUCCCUGAAUUUGAUUACCAACCUAAGCCUUAUAAUGGGCCUUUAGCAGAUGAUGUUUUCAUGAAGCGUAAAAAGUUUCUGGGUCCUUCUCUUUUUCAUUUCUAUCAGAAGCCUCUCAAUAUUGUGGAAGGAAAGAUGCAAUAUUUGUUCGACGAGACAGGCAGACGCUAUCUUGAUGCAUUUGCUGGUAUUGUAACCGUGUCUUGUGGGCACUGCCACCCUGAUAUUUUGGAGGCCGUAAUCGAGCAAAGCAAACUUCUUCAGCAUGCUACAACAAUAUACUUGCAUCAUGCAAUUGCUGACUUUGCAGAAGCUUUAGCAUCAAAAAUGCCAGGAAACCUCAAGGUUGUGUAUUUUGUCAAUUCUGGAACUGAAGCAAAUGAAUUGGCCAUGUUGAUGGCAAGGCUUUAUACUGGUAAUCAUGGAAUGGUUUCAUUGAGAAAUGCAUACCAUGGUGGGAGUAGUGGUGCGAUUGGAUUGGCGGCUCUAAAUACAUGGAAAUACUCAAUACCACAGGGUGACAUUCACCAUGUGAUAAAUCCAGAUCCCUACCGUGGCGUCUUUGGUUCAGAUGCUAAAGCAUAUGCCGGGGAUGUUCAAGAUUUCAUUGAUUAUGGUACAUCAGGGAAAAUAACUGGCUUCAUUGCUGAAACUAUUCAGGGCGUUGGAGGAGCAGUUGAACUAGCUCCUGGAUAUCUGAAACUGGUGUAUGACAUAGUUCAUAAGGCUGGAGGCGUCUGUAUUGCUGACGAAGUUCAAACUGGAUUUGGUCGUACCGGGAGCCAUUAUUGGGGUUUCGAAACACAAGGCGUCAUUCCUGAUAUAGUGACCAUGGCAAAGGGAAUUGGCAAUGGCCUACCUUUAGGAGCAGUGGUCACCACACCCGAAAUUGCUAGUGUAUUGGCUCAAAAAAUCCAAUUUAACACUUUUGGAGGAAACCCUGUAUGCUCUGCCGGUGGACUAGCUGUCCUGAAAGUAAUUGAUAAGGAAAAGCGUCAGCAGCAUUGUGCUGAAGUUGGUUCGCACUUGAUUAAUCGUUUGAAUGUUCUUCAGCAGAAACAUGAUAUUAUCGGAGAUGUGAGAGGAAGGGGUCUGAUGGUCGGGAUAGAAUUGGUCACCGACAGGAAAGACAAAACUCCUGCCAAGGCAGAAACCGGUGUGCUGUUUGAGAAACUUAGAGAACUCGGUGUUCUUGUUGGCAAAGGUGGUUUACACGGAAAUGUGUUCCGGAUAAAACCUCCGAUGUGUUUCAACAAAGACGAUGCAGAUUUUCUUGUUGAUGCUUUGGAUUACUCCAUGUCGAAGUUGUAAAAGCCAACUCGAAAAUGAUUUCCGACACAAGAGAUGACAACAAAGAAAUGAAAGGGGUGAUGAAUGAUGAUUAUCAUUAUAAAGGGAAAAUACUGAAAUGAAAGCUACGUUCACCAAACCGUAUUUAAAGCUCCUGUUAUUAUCUAUUUUUUUUUAAACGAGUGGAAAUUGUAAGGCUAAAAGACUGUCUCUCGAUGGUACGAUCUCUAAUAAGAAGUCUGUAUUAAUAAUUUAUAAUGGACUCUCAUAUGAAUUUGUGAAUACCGUAUUUU